AUGAGUUUUCCGCAACAUAUUCCGAGCACAUCACUUAGUUUUUUAGAUCCGAGUUUAUUGAUUGAGAAUUUGGAUUGGUUAUAUUUGUUGUCGAUGAAAGAGACAGAUGGACUAUCAGAAAAGUCUUUAAGUAGGGGUGAAGAAGUUUCUGGGUUUGAUGCCUAUCUGGAGCAAGUAGACUUCACGAGAUCGGCGUAUAUUAAAUUGAGAUAGGAUUAUUUUAAUUUGAUAUAACAUUCAUCUCGACAUUUGACGGAGAGUCUCUUGAACUCUAGGAAUGAAUACUUUAGUCGUGCUAGUAUGAUGCUGAAUAAGAUCAACAAGAGCAAAAUGGAGAGACCCAUUGUAAUGGCAUAAUAUCACGAGUGCGGAUACGAAGUGUUUAAAUAGUGUUAAGGAGUAACAAGUUGUUCUGCAUUGUAAUCGAAUCCAACAAGAUGGCCUUGGGGAUUGGAGGAUUUUCACAAAUCAUUAUGCAAAUAAGAGCUAUUGUCUCUCUUUUAUGAGCCAGAUUACUCAAGACAGAGCAUCGAUAAGAAUUUGCAGAGAUUAGUAAAGGAGAUGGAUCAUAAACAAUUGUCAAAGAUCUUGAUCGAUUAUGCAUUGAGAGUCGGAACGUUUAAGUCGAUGUUGAGUCUUUGCGAUUUAAAUAUAAGAGAAAUUAUAAAGUUACCGAGAUUGCAAUAAAAGAGUCGUCACUUACAUUAUAUGAGAUCCCUGUGCGAUCAAGGAGGAUUCACGAUUACCUAAUUACAGCAAUUCACUAAGUUAAAUUACCAUCAAAUGACAAUGACAUCCUCUUAGUGUUACUUGUACAUCUUGGUGAGUUCCCCAGUGGGUGGAAUGUACAAGGUGGGCACAGGAGAAUGUGGAACUAUAGCUGGUAAGAUAUAUCUACAUCAACCACUAAAGAAGCAAGACGAUGUCCAAUGGGUGUUCCUGCAGAAUAAGUUAUAUCUGAAACAGCAGAAUGGAACUUUGGAUAUCAUUUGUCCUGAGACAUUUCAGACUCUGAGUCAAAUGACUCUCCAUUGUCCAGAACUAUUUCAACACCCUCAAAUGUAGGCGAUAAACAAGAAUUACCCAUUGAUUACAGACGGAGAGAAAUUAUUCAUAAUUGGAAGAAAACUAAAUAUUACUAAGGUGGAAGGAGCACCAGCCAAAGUUAUUAAAGAACCAGCAGCUUCCACUUCUAGAGCAUAAAAGAAGAAAGAGGCUGAACAACAACCACCUGAUAACACAAUCAAGAUUAUGGAUUUCAUUCUGUUUGAAUUCGAUUUGAACAAACCAACAGGAAAUGUAUAAAAUGAAGAAGAAUCUGAUAAGAAACUAUUGGCUGAGUUAUUUGAGUCAUUCCAAGGAUAUUUCAGCAAGGCAGAGAUUAGCAAGGCAUUGAAUCUGAAUAAAAAUGAUAUGUAAAAUGCUGCCCAAUGGUUGGUUGAAGAAGGGGAGAAGGAAAGAAAUAAAACUACCGUUUCUGUUUCAAAAUAAACCUUACUUUGCUAAGCUGAAAUCACUACUGACAUCUCAGCAAAAUAAGUCAAGAGCAGUGCUGACAUUGGAUGUAAGGAGGGAUCCAUCCUAUAACCAUAAAUCAUUAGUAAUAUCAUUUGGACUAUGGAUAAAAGAUAUGUGACUGCCUAUUUUGAAUUUGGAGUUAAGAUUUUUUCCAAGGAUCCAGCUGAUGAAAAAGAACUCGAUCAAGCUAAAGAUGAAUUCAAUCUCAGAGAUCACUACACAACCAAAAAACCCUCAGCCUCAAAUUUGACUCUUAAGGGUACUUAUAUCACAACAGUCAAUAAAUACCUCAACGAAUUCUAUUAGAAUCCCAAUUAUAUUGUGUCUUAUGAACACAACACAAAAAGGUUCUAUGUGAUGCACAUUCAAUGGAAUUCCACAGACUUAUAGUUUCCUGCCUUAGUGACCAUCGGAUCUGAUUUUAUACAUAGACCCUUAAAUCUCAACUUGGCUCAAGCUACCACCUUUGAUGAAGAAGUAGUUAACUUCCUACUACAAUAAUAAGAAUAACGCUAUGAUUAAGAAUGGAGAUUGAAUGAUUGGUAUGUUGCAUAUCAAAUAAUGCUCAAGAAUUUAAGAAACCUCACUGAGCGUUUCUCAGAGGAGGAUCUCAAGAAAAUACAAAAUGAAAAAUCCAAGUAUAGUUACCGAUUAAACAAACUGCUACUUUCAAUUGAUAAUUCAAGAAGCGAAGUGGAGAUUAGAAAGGUUUAUGCCUUUUGUGUAGAGGGUACAUUUGAGGAGUUGAAACAGAUUUGGUCAUUGUUCAAGAAGUUCCAUAAGAUUCAAUACCUUCAACUGUUACAAUAUUGGGUUUAGUAUAGCGAAUUGUCAAUCUUGUUGAAUGUUGGAGUGCAUGAUUUAUUGAAGGAGAUAGGAGAGUAUCUGAUUUAAAAUUGGCAAAGUGAUUUACAAAGGAACAUCUUCAUCAAAGGUUGGACACUCUUUAUGUGUUCAAAUUCACUCUAGUUGCAGUAUCUGAAAAUGGGAGACAAUCAAUUGUUACAACAAAUUAUAUCUACAUAUUCGAGCAUUCAACCAGAGACAGAAUCUGCUAUAUUAAAAUUGAAAUCCAAAAAUGCUAAUUUGGAUGGAGAUUUCAAAUCAUGCAUCCACAAAAAAGGGACAUAGCAUUUUCUAAUUGAACCAUUGCCCAGAUUGUUAAUUGAUGCAGUUUAGAGUUCAAAAUUAUUCAAGAAGGUGUACAGUAAAGGCUACUUCGUGGAUUGUGACAUCUCCCAAAUAAAUCAACAAUUCUGGGUAUUGGCAAAGGAAUGGGCAACUCAAUCUGAUUUAACCAAAUGGCAAUUCUUAAACAUGGUAUUCAAUAUGGCAUUUAAUGAUAAUAGUGAAUGGGAAGUGUAACAUAAAUUAGCAUUCAACAUAUUGCAAGUCUUCGAAUUGGGAAUAACCAACAAAGAAGUCAAAGAACUAAUAAUCAAACACAAUUUUCUGACUCAUUUCUUGCUGUAAUUAUUCUUAUCCCCUGUCCUUCAAUGUCCCAUUGAUUGUAGUCUCUUGUCCAGUUUGAUGUAGAUCAACCAAAACAUUGAAUUACCUACAACUCCCUCGAGAACCCAAGGCAUCGAUCCCAUUGGAUACAAAGUGUUCGAGACUAGUCACCCUUAUGAACGAUAGAAGGUGUAGACUUUUGAGGAUACCUACUUCCCAGGUGCAUUGGCCUUGGCUGUGGAAUUUGAUCCAAGAUGCUCAAGUGAUUAAGCCCAUGAUUUCUUAACAAUUAAUUCUUGGUACUCUCCUCAUAGUGGACCCUUUGGAUAGUAAUCAAAAUUGAAGGAUCCAAUGGGAGUGUCAUAUAGAAUUUCAGGUAAAUUAAGUACUAAACGACCCAUUCUGAUGCUUGGCAAUGUGAUUCAAGCUGACUUCAGUCCAAGUGGAUAAGUCAGAAAUGAGCAUUCACUUAAUCGAUGGGGAUUCAAAAUUACCAUUCGUCCAGUGUAUGGAGACACAUAUCAUGUGAGCAAUGUUUUACAUAUGGUAAUUCUGGAGAACAUUUAAUCCUUAUUGGGAUUCAAUGAGAACAGAACAGCCAAUGAAGAAAGCAAUUAGCUUCUCUUGAAAUGGAAUAUUCUGAAAAAUGGGAGAUCUGGAUUCCAAUUCGACAAACAUCUUAUUAAAGUCUUAGGGUAGUUGUCGAUCUCUAGUAUGUCUUAUGAUGAUGCCACACUAUUACAUGAAAAUGCAGGAGCCAAUCCUCAACUCAAGAAUAAAUAUCAACAAUUGAAAGGAGAUCUCAUUACCAUUAAUUACAAGGCGAGAGAAAUCCAAAAAACAAAUAUCGACCUUCUCCAAUUGUCUCAAUAAUAAAAUAAGUAUCUUCAGUAGAUCUUGGAUAAGAAGGGAGAGUUCUAUAAAGUUAUUUCAGCCAUUGUGAGCCAAUUCACCGAUUCAUUUCAAUACAGAACUGCAAAAUAAAAGUCAGCCAUGAAAGCACACAUCGAGGAAUUCAAAUAAAUCGAGAUGCUCGUCAUUUUAGUCACUUUAUAUCACAGUGGAUUAUUGGAUGAAAUCAAUCUAUUGAAUUUAGAACAUCAUAUCGACAUGUUGCAAGAGGCUAGAAACGAUGUCAUUAAUUACAUGCUCAAAGAAGUGGAAACUAUGAUUGAAUACUAAUAGAAUUAUGAGGGAAUGUCAUUGCAAGCCACAGAAAUGAUGGAAUAAUAGAAGUUGACACAAAUCAAUGAGAAAAUCGAAAAUACUCUUUGGGAUAUGCUCCAAAAGAGAUUGGAAGGUAAUAGCGAAAUGAUUUAUAAAAUAUGCACCUAACAAAAUUUAACAAUAAUUGAAAACAAUCCCAAUCUAUCCUUAAGAUAGAUCUUUAAUAAUAUUUUGGCUAAAAUCAGAGAAUCAAAAUUAGAUCUAGUCAAUCCAUACUAACAUAUUGUGUAAGUUAUCAAAAAGAGAAUCUUGAUCCUAUUCAACAUCAGUAAUGUAUAAUUGGUGGGUUAAUAAUAGAUGAUUUAAAUUAAAUCCUAGUAAUCUAUUGACUCUGGAAGCAUUAAAUAAUUAAAACCACUUGGAAUCGAGAGAUCACUAUCUCAUUAGAUUGAUGACAAGAACAUUGACAGCUAGAAAUUGUUGAAGUUCAGACAAUGGCUAGAUAGUUAUUAAAAAUGGAAAGUACUACAUAAUGUGAAUUUAAAUCAAAUUUCUGCUGAAUCUUUAGAUAUCCCUCCGGUGAAGUCUGUCAUACUCUUUCUAUAAUAGAAUGUCAAUGAAUCACUAAUCUAGGUUAUGGACUUACAUAAUAGAAGAUGCAUAAGAAGAAUUGCUUCUCUGAAAUUUCUCAAUGAAUUCCAAGGUUAGAGUGGAGGCAUCUUAUGUCAAGAUGUCAUGAACUAUAAGAUAGAGUUUGCCAGCUCGAACAUCAAAGAAAUACUCUUAUAAGAAGUAGUCAAAAGAUUAAAUUAUCUUAUGUAAUCCAUUAAAAAUGAUUAUGCCACAUAUUUAAAUUAAGCAAUCACACAGCAAAUCGAUGGAACCUUGCUCGAAUAAUUAAAAGUCAUCUGUAUGACUCUAUGUGAAAUCAACCAAUUAUUUUAAGUAGACAAUAACAUCCUUUGGAAAAGCAGAGAACACGAUUACAACCCUCAUUUUAAUCCGAUAUUCAAAUAAUUCCUAAAUAACAUCAUCAUAACCGGAUUAUUAAGUUUGGCAUUUGUAAAUUUGGAUCAACAGUAUUAAUCUGUUGCCCUAUUGAGUUAAAAUAUUUUAAACAAUGUUAAGGAGACUUUGUACAUAAUAACCGAUAAUUUAAUGACUGAUGAUAUUCUUUAAUAAUUAAUAUAAAUAUUGUCAUAAGAAUUGGGAAUAAACUUACAGGGAGAUGAAAUUAAUUGUAGAUUACUGACCAAAUUAUACGAUUUAAUAGGAGUGAAGAGAGUAAAUUUCUUACUGACAAAUAUCUUGGAUUGUUUGAUGAUUCAUUAAAAUCAAGAAGUUCCUCCAUCAUUAGUGAAAUUGAUUUUCUACAUCUUACACCAUACUAAUACUCCAUCCACAAUGAGAUUAGCUAUUAGAAUUUCAAAAUACUUUAGUGGUAUGAAACUUAAUUAGAUCAAGUACACUCCAAAAUAUCUGUGGAUGUAUUAUGAGAAUUGCAAUUAGUAAUAAAUUAAGGUCUUAUAGGAAAAUAAGGAGUAAUGUUUCAGUGAGGUCUUAAUCGAAAGGGUAGGACAUAUGGUGUGUUAGGAUGAGGUUACUGAUAAUUAAAAUAUUAAUACUCUGUUAUAGAAUGAAUUGGUGAAUGUGUAAAAAAAGAUGAUUACUUCAUCAAACACCAGUUCUGAUUAGAAUAGUAGUCAAUAGUAUAGAGUGAUAUUACACUUGUGUUAGGAGGAAGAAAUAUCUAUUUUAUUGAAAAUCCUCUAUUGGUGGGAAGAGCAAUUUCCAAGUUUGAAAUUGAAGUUGCCUUAAACCUAUUAGGAAUAUCUAGAAAUGAAGGAGAAGGAGAAAAAGAGAGAAGAACAGAAGACUCAAUAAUAGGAAGUAAUUGCUUAAUAAACAGAAUUUCAAUCAUAAAGACAACAAUAACAAUAGCAAUAUAAACUAUUGGAGAGAGUCUUAAUGACUUAGCCAGAAAUCCAAUAAAAGGAUUAUUUGCUGGGUUGGGGAUUCAAUUAUAGCAAUUUGUAUAGUGAUAUGAAGAGUGGACCAUCUGAUAAUAAAAAGCAUUCAUCUGGCAGAGUGAAGAAAUAGAUAAAGAAGUAUUGGAGACCUUUGAAUUUCUAAGAAUUGGAAAGAUUGUAUGAGGAAUUAUAUAAAUAAAAUGAAGACAUCAAAUCAUUUCCAGAUGAACAAGCAUUCUUGAGAUAGAAAAACUUUAUAACAAGAAUACAUUCCCAUAUUAAGGAGAUAAAGAAUUAUGGAAGUUUAUUAACAGUCUAUGGAUGCAUCCCAUUUAGUGAAAUAUUUACUAUUCAAAAGGCUUAAGUUUUAAUAGAGCUUAUUUAAUCAGCAUUGAAUGGAACCUUGCCCAACAUACCAAUGAAUGAUUUAUCUGAAGAAUUCAAAAACAAGGCUGAUCCAAAUAAGUACAUUCUCUUAGGAGCAAUCAAGGAAGUUGCACCUCCGAAGGGUAAAUCAUAACCACAAAAAGCACCUGCCCAAAUUCAACCAUAACCGACAAGUGGUAAAUCAUAGAUGACUGUUAGUGUUUGUGAUGUCUACACUUUCUAGUCUUUUGAGUUUAGAAUGGAUUACAUUACCUUGUUACCCUAUGGGAAUACGAGUGUCAAUUUUUACAAUGAAAUAAAUCGAAGUUCCUCCUUCACAUAAUAAAUAGUAAAUGGGCAAAUCGUUGGCCAGUUGAUUUAUGAACUUAGUCAAUUAUUGAGUCAUUAACAGAUAGACAUUAAUAGGGAGAACAAAUAUUACAAACUUGGAUACACUACUAUCCUAUCAUAACAAUUGAUUCAGAUAGCUCCAGGAAUCCCGGUUUAAAUUAAGAAACACAAGUCAUAUGAUAAAUAAUAUGUUGUGUCUGGAGGAGACUAUUGUGGAUAGAAAGAAUUGAGAUUACUAUCUAAUAAUGAUGAUAAACUGAACUUGCAGGUUGUAAAUUUAGAUGAAAUCGAACUAAUACAAUAAGAGAUCCCUUAAUUGAUAACUCAAGAACAGAUACUAGAUUUAAUAGACAAAGAGAGUGAUAAAUUUAUCUUGAGAAAUCUCUUCAUUAUUGCAAGUAGGUUGGAAUGGAAGGGAUACAAUGUAGAGAGAAUUGUAAAUAAAAUAUUAAAUUUGGCCACUCUCUAUUAAGGAGAUAACAAAUUUAACCAAGCAUGGGAAAGAUUAAUUGAUAGCAAAUUGUCACCUAAUUAUUUCUUCCCCAUAGAAAUCCCUAAGAUCAUAAAAUUCUUAUAAUAACCAUAGUAGGUUGAAUAAGAAGAUUACAAGAUCGAACCUUUUGUGGAAAACGUGGAUAAUACAAUUAUAGUUGGCAGCACUUACAUGUAGUCAUUGCCUGAGGCUUGCAUAGUUUCAAAUGAGUUGAAAUUAGUUCAAUAUUGGGAGAAGAACAUAUUACCUAAAAUAUAUGAUUAUGUUAAAGGUUCUUUGAAACCAUAUGAGAUAGAGGACUUCUUUGAAUAAAUUAGAUAACAACUGAGAAAAGGAGAACAAAACAAAGCCUUGGAAAUAGCCUACAUUGUAUGUGAUCAGAGAAUGCCAAAUGGUGUUAUUAUACCUGAGUCUAACCACGACUGGAGUACAUUAACAAUUGAAGAAGUCCAAGCUGGACAAUAUGUUCUUUGUAGACUCAUUGAUAAAACAUCAGAAUAGUUAUACUCAAAGGAAUACUUACAUUACAAGAAGUAAGGUCAAACCUUCAUUUGUGGAUAAAUCAUUGGCGUUGAUUAAAGAUCAUCUUCCAUAUUUAUUACACAUAUGGAUAUCAACAAUUCACAACUCUAUGCUACUUGGUUCCCUGUCAGUGCACUCAAAUAGGUUUAAUUGUAUAUUCCUCCAAAUGCUAAUGCAUAUCAAUAGGAGACAAUCUUAAAAGAAUACAAUAGGGAAUUAGACUUAGAACUCAGCAAAUAGGCCAGAUAAUUGUACAUUUUGUUAAGUCAAACUAUCAAUGUCGACCCUAUCAUCUAUUUGUAAUUGGCUAUGCAAUUUGAAGGUUCAUGCAUUAAUGGCUGGCUUACUGAAUAAUUGAUCGAUGACAAUACGAAGAUAAAUCAGAAAUUAAAUCAAUUUUUGUAGAACCCUGAAUUAAUAUUCGGUUGGUUGUCUAAGUCUUUUGAAUAAAUUCAUCAAUUUGUAAAUAAAAACAAAUUAUUUUUGGAUUUAUUCAAAUCUCAUAAGAAACCUCUAGAACUCAAUUCUGACUUAGACAUUGCUGGUUUGGCUAUCGUAUUCAACAAUGAUGCAACUCUAUGCACUUGUUCUGGCAUAAAUUUCUAUAAAGAUCGAUUGGGAAUCAACGACUUUUAUACGAUCAGCAGUGGCAAAGAGACAAGAGGCAGACUAUCUCCAAUCAUAUUAAAUUAAAAGAAUGUUUAUUGUGAGUAUUAUUUCAAUGGAGAAGCCUUGCCAAUCUACCAAUAGAAAUAGUGCGUAUCUCGGUUACCUUGUGUUGUCUAUAAAAUUCCUACUCUGUGGAAUACAGUCUGCUAUGUAAUUGAUUAGAUGAGCACCAUUUUCAUUAAAAACAAAGAUAUUCCAAAUAUAAAGAGCAUCAAUAAUCUAUUGGAAAAAGUGUAUGAACAACAACCACAUAUUCUAAAUCAAUCUAUAAUAAAAUUACUAAUUAGGAAUAUUCGCAAAUUGUAAUCAAUUUCUAAUGAAACCUUGACUGAUGAUUUACUAUCACAAUUAGUUAAUGAUGCUGUCAAAAUCUAUAAUAUACAAAAAGCAGAACCUAAUGUCUUGUAUUCAUCCUAUCUCCAAGAUUUGACUGAACUCUUAGCUGUUGCCAUCCCCAAUAAGACUAAAAUUUAGAUCCCAGAUUGGUUAAAUGCCUAUCGACACUUUAUUUAGAUUGCUGAUUUCAUAAAAUGUGGAAAACCCUUGUACAAUGAAUAGAUUGAACAAAUUAAUGAAAUGUUACAAUCCAAUCAAUGGGAUCAAUUGAUAUACAUGCAAGGAUUGCCUUGUGAUAUCCAAGAUGUAUUACAAGAGUAAUUAGUCAGAAUAUUAAAUCCUGCUGUUGACAUAUUUAGAAAGUAAAAUCAAGCUAUUGUUCUGAUUGAUGGAUUUUAAUAAUUAAAUUUGGAGAAUGUUGAAAUACAGUUGCCUCCUGAACCUGUCUAGGAAGCUGUAAAACUAUGGCAAUGUGAAAUGUGCACUUUUGCUCAUAAUGUCUGGGAUUCCACCUAAUGUGCUAUAUGUGAAAAUCCAGCACCAGCCAACAAAGUUCCUUAUAAAGAAAAUGAAGAUUAAUCUUAACAAUUAGAAUAACAAUCAGUUUAAGUCAACGUCGACGAAGAAGACGAAAAGGCUGACAAAAGAGAAAGGCAGUUCUUUGAUGACCUAAUAGAAAGGAUUCAGGAUAAGAUUAAAAGAUAUUAUACUGAAAGACAAAGUGAGAAGGAAUAAAAAAUGAAACAAAUCAAUCUAGCAAUUGAAGCAUAAUAAAAUCUAUUAAAAUAACUCAAUAGAUAAUAAGAAAAGAAAUAAAAAUAGUAAGUAUAUAAAUCUAAGUUACAAUAACCUAAAUAGCCAUAAAUACAAUUGCAAUAAUAAAAAAUACAAGAGUGCCAAUAAAAAUUGCAAUAACUCACAUCUGAAUUAUAAGAAUUAUAGAAUGCCAAACUUGAAAACACUUUCUAAAUCUAUUCUGGCAAAUAAAUCCUUGAAAAAGCUGCAACCUUCUUACAAGAAUUCCUCUAAAACAGAUUAGAAUAUUUCAGAGCAUAAAUCAAUCCGAAGUAUUUAGAAGAAAUUGGUAGCAUGGAUGCAAUAGAAAGCUGGAAAUAUUUGGAAAAAUAGGGUUAUGAUCUCCAUUAUUAAUUAGUACAAAAUCCAAAUAAAAUUCAAAUCUUACCCAUUUAAUAGAUGAAACAUCUCCUUAAAUUAAUCGAAUUCGAAAUUUGCAAAGAAACCAAGGCUGUAAGAACUUACAAUCCAAAAAGAAUUAGGAAUCUAAUAGAUGAAUAAGCUAUAAAUUAUCAAGAUUUCAUCAACUGUUUAACUAAAUAUUAAGAUCUUGUUAAUGCUCCAAUAUAUGUUAUUAGGUAGUCCUGGGCUAUAAUAAAACUCUUCAAUCGAUACUUAGAGACUUGCGGACAAUUUAUUAAUAUGGAUGUUCCUAUUGGUACAUCAUAAGAAUUCUAAUAACGCACAAUCUUCCUAUCUAUGGGCGAUUAUAUGCAGGUCUUAAGACAGCUUUGUAUGACUCCUACAAAAGUGGAUAUAGUUUAGAGAGUUCUCAAUAAAACAAGUAUUAGCAGAGAUUCUCCUCCCAAGAUCAAUGUAGAACGUAUUCGUUUGGCAAAUCGUAAUGGGAAAACAAAUCAAUAGGAUUUCCUAUUCACUAUGGCCUAUGAAUAGAUGAAAAAUAUACCUCCUACUCUGUUAAGACCUAUAAAACCACAAGGAACUGAUCCAUUCUUAGCUUUCGAGGUCAAUUUCAGGGGUGAGGAUGUUUAGGGAGAGAGUGGACCGUAUAGACAAUUUUUUGCCGAUAUUAGCAAGGAAUUAUAAUCUUCAUAAUUGUUAUUAUAUCCUUCAACCAACAAUCAAGCGAAAUUAGGAAACCAUAAAGAUAAAUUUGUUCUAAAUCCUAGUGCAAGAUCCAAUUUCUAUUUACACUUGUAUGAAUUCCUGGGAAUUUUGAUGGCAAUUGCAAAUCAGAACUGCCACUCACUUCUCCUUGGAUUUACCAUCAAUAUUUUGGAAAUAAAUAGUAGGUGA